AUGACUUGGAGUGACAUCAUCCAUAGAAUGAUCUUCCUCUCCCUCACUGGACCUGGAGUUUUGUAGAAUGUCCUUGUGCUUGUGAGAUAUGUAUGUACAUUAGUCAUGGGUCCUGAGAAAAAACCCAUAAACCUGAUCCUCAUCCACUUGGCUGUUUCAAACAUACUCAUUAUUUGCACCACAGGGAUCAGAGUCAUAACCGUAGUCAUUUAUUUCAGUAACUUCCUAGGUGACAUUGGUUGCAAAGCUGUGUUGUACUUGAACAGGGUGGCUCGGAGCCUCUCCAUCUGUACCACCUGCCUCCUCAGUAUAGUCCAGGCUGUCACCAUCAGUCCCAGCAACACCUGGUGGAGAAAGCUCAAACCACACAGUGCCUGGCAGCUUCUUUCCUACCUCCUCCUCUUCUGGGUCUUUAGUCUUCUCAUAAGCUCUAACCUGCUCCGCUACAUCACAGCAGUCAACAGCGUGAACGGGUCUGGAGUCAGAAUGUAUGCUGAAUAUUGCUACAUGCUGCCAGCUGGGCGAAUAGUCAGGUGGCUUUUCCUCUCCCUCAUGGCCCUUCGGGACCUCACCUUUCAGAGUGCCAUGGGCUGGAGCAGUGGGCACAUGGCUCUCUGUCUGUACAAACAUCACAAGCGUGUCCUCUACCUCCAGAGCUCCAGGACUGCAAAACAUCCCAGCCUUGAGGUCAGAGCUACUCAGAGCACUCUGGUUCUCAUGACCUGUUUCCUCUUCUCUUAUUGGACAGAUUUCAUUUUCUCUUUCUACAUAGGGUCCACCUUGACAGGGAUUUUCACUAUAUCAAAUAUUAAAAUACUUCUAGAAGUCGGUUAUGCCAGUCUCAGUCCCUUUGUGCUGAUCAGCAGGGAUGCUCAUGAACCGCUCGCGGCGGGAGCGCCCAAUCCUUUACACCUUUCUCUUUCUACCGCCUCCACGGAGGCACAGGUCGCCGUGACUCGCAUUCCGCUGUCCCAGAACGCUGGCACCACCCGAGUCCCCAGCCAAAUAUCCUCAGGUGCGCUCAGUGUCCCGGGCCGGGUGUCAACUGGCCCGCGGGAAGCCGGCCUAGCUGGGGCUUUGGUCCCCACAGUAGCCAGCGGCUGGAGGCGCCGAGCGCGCUCCCAGGACCGGAACGAAAUCGGACGCGUCCUGGUUGGGGAGCGGGCAGAACUCAGCCGCUGCCUGGGGUGUCGAGCCCGGGGGAACAGGAGUGCUCUUGGGUCCAGGGAUCCCCUUGAGUGGGAGUUACCAAAGCCGGGCUUCCGUCCCGCCCGGGAACGCGCUGGGAACGCCGGGCGCCCGCCGCAGGGACGGGAGAGCGGGGCCUUUUCUCCUGCGCAGCCAUCCGGGGCCGGGGGACCGGGACCCGCUCCCUCCCUGCGCCCCCGCCCAUGGGACCUUAGGGUGGGGCACACCUGGGUAAAACACGGAAAACAGGCCGGGUGCGUUUCCGCGGUUCUGCGCGUCUUUACGCAAGGUGUGGAGAAUGUGGGCAUCGAUCCCACCACCUCUCGCAUGCUAAGCGAGCGCUCUACCACCUGA